AUGGUUCAAUCAUCCGUUUUAGGUUUCCCACGUAUCGGUGGUCAAAGAGAAUUAAAGAAAAUCACUGAAUCUUACUGGCAAGGUAAGGUUACUGUUGAAGACUUAUUAGCCAAGGGUAAAGAAUUAAGAGCCCACAAUUGGCAAUUACAAAAGGAUGCUGGUGUUGAUGUCAUUGCAUCUAAUGAUUUCUCUUACUAUGAUCAAGUUUUAGAUCUUUCUUUAUUAUUCAAUGCUAUUCCAGAAAGAUACACCAAGUUUGAUUUAGCCCCAAUUGAUGUCUUAUUCGCUAUGGGUAGAGGUUUACAAAGAAAAGCUACUGAAUCUACUCCAGCUGUUGAUGUUACUGCUUUAGAAAUGGUUAAAUGGUUCGAUUCUAACUACCAUUACGUCAGACCAACCUUUUCUCACUCUACUGAAUUCAAGUUAAACACUGCUGCCGGUGUUAAGCCAGUUGAUGAAUUCAAUGAAGCUAAGGCUUUAGGUAUCCAAACUAGACCAGUUCUUGUUGGUCCAGUUUCUUAUCUUUAUUUAGGUAAGGCUGAUAAGGAUUCUCUUGACUUGGAACCAAUUUCCUUAUUAGAAAAGGUUUUACCAGUUUACAGAGAAUUAUUAGUUCAAUUAAAACAAGCCGGUGCUACUCAAGUUCAAAUUGAUGAACCAGUCUUAGUUUUAGAUUUACCACAAGAAGUUCAAGCUAAAUACCAAGCUGCUUACGAACAAUUAGUUGGUGAUGAUGUUCCAGAAUUAAUCUUGACUACUUAUUUCGGUGAUGUUAGACCAAACUUAAAGGCUAUUGAAAACUUACCAGUUGCUGGUUUCCACUUUGAUUUCGUCAGAGUUCCAGAACAAUUUGAAGAAGUUUCUGCUAUCUUAAAGGGUAACCAAACUUUAUCUGUUGGUAUUGUUGACGGUAGAAACAUUUGGAAGACUGAUUUCGCCAAGGCUUCUGCUUUUGUUUCUAAGGCUGUUGAACAAUUAGGUGCUGAAAAGGUUGUUGUUGCUACUUCUUCCUCCUUAUUACACACUCCAGUUGACUUGGAAUCUGAAGCUAAAUUAGACCCAGUCAUUAAGGAUUGGUUCUCCUUUGCUACUCAAAAGUUAGUUGAAGUUGUUACCAUUGCUAAGAAUGUUUCUGGUGAAGAUGUUUCUGAAGCUUUAGCUGCUAACGCUGCUUCUAUCAAGGCUAGAUCUGAAUCUUCUAUUACCAACAACCCUAAGGUUCAAGAAAGAUUAACCACCAUCAAUGAAUCUUUAUCUACCAGAAAGUCUGCUUUCCCAGAAAGAUUAGCUGAACAAAAGGCUAAAUACAACUUGCCAUUAUUCCCAACUACCACUAUUGGUUCUUUCCCACAAACUAAAGAUAUUAGAAUUAACAGAAACAAGUUUGCUAAAGGUCAAAUCACUGCUGAAGAAUAUGAAACUUUUAUCAACAAGGAAAUUGAAACUGUUGUUAGAUUCCAAGAAGAAAUUGGUUUAGAUGUCUUAGUUCAUGGUGAACCAGAAAGAAACGAUAUGGUUCAAUACUUUGGUGAACAAUUAGAAGGUUUCGCGUUCACCACCAACGGUUGGGUUCAAUCUUAUGGUUCCAGAUAUGUCAGACCACCUAUUAUUGUCGGUGAUGUUUCCAGGCCAAAGGCUAUGACUGUUAAGGAAUCUGUCUAUGCUCAAUCUAUUACCAAGUCUCCAAUGAAGGGUAUGUUAACUGGUCCAGUUACCAUUUUACGUUGGUCUUUCCCAAGAGAUGAUGUUUCUGGUAAGGUUCAAGCUUUACAAUUAGGUUUAGCUUUAAGAGAUGAAGUUCAAGACUUAGAAUCUGCUGGUAUUACUGUUAUCCAAGUUGAUGAACCAGCUAUCAGAGAAGGUUUACCAUUAAGAGCUGGUAAAGAAAGAUCUGACUACUUAAACUGGGCUGCUCAAUCUUUCCGUGUUGCUACUUCUGGUGUUGAAAACUCUACUCAAAUCCACUCCCAUUUCUGUUAUUCUGAUUUAGAUCCAAACCAUAUCAAGGCUUUAGAUGCUGAUGUUGUUUCUAUUGAAUUCUCCAAGAAGGAUGAUCCAAACUAUAUUCAAGAAUUUGCUGAAUAUCCAAAUCACAUUGGUUUAGGUUUAUUCGAUAUCCAUUCCCCAAGAAUUCCAUCCAAGCAAGAAUUUGUUUCUAGAAUUGAAGAAAUCUUAAAGGUUUACCCAGCCAAUAAGUUCUGGGUUAACCCUGAUUGUGGUUUAAAGACUAGAGGUUGGCCAGAAGUUAAGGAAUCCUUAACUAAUAUGGUUGAAGCUGCUAAGGAAUUCCGUGCUAAAUACUAA